AGAGAGUGGACUUUGGAACAACCCGACUCGACCCACAGAAUCCAAUCAUGAAUCGUCAUCCCUAAUUCAUGUUUUACCGGUUCCGAGAGAAGCUCUCGGCAACGCAAAUCUCUGUCAGGAAGCCGUCGUUUCUGCAACUUUAAUCGUCUUCUGCUUCGAAGGAGAAGGGUGAAAACAUCGCUCUAUCUCUGUAAGCAUAAAAAAUCAGGGCCUUAUUGCUGCCGUUUAAGGGAAACCGUUGAUUCGGGAAAUGCUCGAGUGAGAAACAACUUGAUGUAGUGAUGUGCUCAUAUUGCAAUGCCUGGACAAGGAUAUGAUUAUCAACGUUUUGAAAGAACUAAAAGCAUUCAUAGGUCAGGUUACAUUUCUUUCCAGUGCCCUGUAUAUGAUAGUGGUGAGGGAUUGAUCGAUCUAUAAAGUAUGGCCACAUACUCAAACUGUGCACUUGGACCAAAUUCUACUGAAAAUGAUCAUCUAAAUGCCAACACCGGGUUGACUUUAAGCAAAGAAUACAUAGAAAAGCGAGUUGAAACAGUAAUAGUAGAAUCUGACAAUGCGCUUUUGAGGACACCACAGGAUGAUUUGAAAUUGAUUUUCGGCUCUGAGAAUGUUGGUUUGCCACUUCAAAAUGAGGGAGACAUUUCUUUAGCCGAACCAUGUAAAGAUGUUGAUGAUAAUCUAGUGCAGUUAGAGCUCAAAGAUAAAGGACACUCAGAGCCACCAAAUGUAAGCCUUACCAGAGUUUUGCGUCCCAGAAAACAAAAAAGUUCUGAAUCUCCUGUACCGUAUUAUGCUGCUGGAACUGACAAUUGUGAAAAUGUUGAAGUGAAUAGUAAUUGCAAUACUCUGAAGAGAAAAGAAAAGCAGAGGAAACAUAUUGCUGUUGACGAAUUUUCAAGGAUAAGGGCAAAGCUGAGAUAUUUUCUCCACCGAAUAAAAUAUGAACAAAACUUAAUUGAUGCGUACUCUACCGAAGGAUGGAAAGGACAGAGCUUAGAAAAAAUCAAGCCUGAGAAGGAGCUACAGCGUGCAAAAUCUGGAAUUUUCAAUUACAAAUUGAAAAUAAGAGACCUAUUUCAAUGCAUUGAUAUGCUGCUUGCACAGGGAAGGCUUCCAGAGUCUUCAUAUGAUUCUGAGGGACUGAUCAACAGUGAAGAUAUAUUCUGUGCGAAGUGUAGUUCUAAGGAUUUGGCAGUGGAUAAUGAUAUUAUACUGUGCGAUGGUGCUUGCGAACGUGGGUUUCACCAAUUAUGUUUAGAACCGCCUUUGUUGAAAGCAGACAUUCCACCAGGUGAUGAAGCCUGGUUAUGCCCUGGAUGUGUUUGCAAAUUGGAUUGCUUUGUCUUACUUAACCAACAUCAAGGAACGAAUCUUUCUCUUACGGAUAGUUGGGAGAAGGUAUUUCCAGGGGAGGCAGCCACAGCCACAGGAGUGAAGAGGCUGGAUGAUAUUUCUGGGUUACCAUCAGAUGAUUCUGAGGAUGAUGACUAUAACCCUGCUAAUAAUUUGGAAGUAGAGGAAAAUGUUUCAGAUGAUGAAUCAGCGUCUUCAGAAGAAUCUGAUUAUUUUUCUGCGCCUGAAGAUUUGGAAGAACAAUCACAUAUUGAUGAUCUGGAUGUCACGUGCCUUCCUUCAGAGGAUUCUGAAGAUGAGGAUUAUGAUCCAGAUGUUCCAGGCGAUGAUGAUGCCCAGGUUAUGCGGGAAAGUUCCAGUUCAGAUUUUACCUCAGACUCUGAGGAUGUUGGUCCGGUAAUUAAUCAAAGUGGGUACCUUUCCCAUGAACAACUUGGAAACAUUAAAAUAGGUGGUGGAGCAGGGGAACACUCAUCAAAUGAUGAACCACCAUGCCUACAGUCCAAUGAUAAACUUGUUUCUGGGGAAAGACACCCUGAGCAGGAUAAAAUGUUGCAUGAUGGAAUAUGUCAAAGUACAUCUCCUAACUCCGGUGAUAGAGAAUAUGGAUGUACCGCUACAAAAAGGAAGGAUAGAAAUCUCAAAGCCAACGAGAAGUCAUGUGAUCAGACUCGAAAUAGUGAUGCAAAUACUAGUUUUAGCCAGAUUGAAAAUAAAAAUACCACACGGAGAAAGAAUAAAAAAAGGCAGAAAGUUGAAGGUUUGGCGACAUCCAAAAAUGGUUCAAGUAGUAAGAGAAUUGGUAAAUCAAAAUACGGAGAAGAUGCAAUCAAGAGGCUCUAUGAGUGCUUCAAGGAAAAUCAAUACCCAAAGCGCGAUGUCAAGGAAAAAUUAGCUUCAGAAUUAGGACUUGCAAUUCAGCAGGUUCAUAAAUGGUUUGAAAAUGCUCGCUGGAGCUUUAACCACUCAUCAAACAAUCAAAAGCAAGGAAGCAAACCUAACUGAAUUUGUANCCCCCCCCCCCCCCAAAAAAAACGCAUAGAUCCCAUUCCCAAGCGCCUGUGGGAAUGUCAUCCCAAACACAAGAGUUCACUUGUUUUGGCGAUCGGAUAUGGGUUCAAGAAGUUUCUGGAAGCAACAAAUCAUUGGUCAUCAGAUUAUUAAUGGCAAAGCGGCGAAUUUGGGUUUGCAAGGGACAGUAGCCCGCAAAUGCCUGAUUAUCCGCACACUAACGCUUUUGCUUAGCUCAAUCUCUUCCCCAGGUAAGGUGAUACUGUACUUUGGCUAUAAAUAACGUUAGCGUUUGGCAUGGAACUUUGUCAAAUACCCUGUCACAGCAUUGGCCACCACUAUUUAUUUGAUUCAAAAAUCUUGUUAACUUGAAACCCUGAUUUUAUUUUUGUUUUGUUUUGUUAUUUAAAUGAGUAUUGAUGUAGAUAUACCAUUUUGACCACAAUUCAUUGUUCCUCAUCAUUAACGAAAGCCGUAGUUUCUCAAGAAAUUGUAAAUUGUGGC